AUGAAUGUUGCGAUUGUUUCCUUCGAUGGAGUAACAGAAAAGUUGCGCCGGGGUGACAAUGGUAGUUGGCAUCCAUUCAUAAAGUCAGCUCGCACCGGGGCCAAGGGGGUUGUGCUUGAUUUGGAUAUCAAUUUCGAUGGCUUUACACCUAUAUCUGAUGUCGAGACUGAUGUGAAGCAUAACAUCGAGUAAGUAUGGUUACGUGAACUGUGACAACAUAACUGAUGAUUGUAGCUUUAUUGUGGUUCAUGGAUGGGGCAGCCACGCCUAUGGUGGAUUCUGCUAUAAGGGAGAUGGCGCUCGAACAAGUUGGCUUCAUAAGGUUGCUAAUGAGUUUCCGGAAUUGAGAGUUUGGUUUUAUGGUUACCAAUCGAGUUUGAAUGAUGAAAAAAUAAUGAGUUCGAUCGAUACUUGGGCAAACGGUUUCCGCCACAGCCUAUGUGGACUUCGGCAAAGUGAAGAGGUCUCCAAUUCCCCUUCAAUUGGUUCAUCUUUCCUACUAAUAUUGUUUUAGAAAUCGAGACCAAUGAUACUAUUAUCUCACAGUUUAGGUGGCAUUAUCGUACAAAAGGUGGGAUCUGCACUCCCUCCUUUCUUGCAGUCUUUUCUUCAAAUUUCUAAGAUAAAAAUAGGCUAUCGUUGGGAUGAAACUUUGUGAAGACUCGUCACCUGACUUGCUCUCUAUAUACGGUCUUUUGCAAUUCGGUGUGCCCAAUGGAGGAAUGAAUAUAGAUGCAUUGGUGUGUAUGGUAAAGGAUAAGCCUUCACGUCAUGUGUUGGAACACUUGCAACCACAUAUAGGGCAUGGGAGAAGACAAAAAGACCAAGAGGAAUUUUGUGAUGCUUUUAACUACCAAGGCUCAGAGGUCAGGUACUUCUUCGAAACCCGGAAAAGCCCAACUGUAACAUGGGUACGUUUUCGGUUCCGGGUCGUCUUACGAAAACUAUUCUUACCUUUUACUAGGACGAUAUUACGAAGAAAUGGGGUAUGAAUGGAAAAGAGGCUUGCGCUGUCAGUGAGAGCGAAGCAUGUCAUUUGCGACGAAAAGAAGUACAUGCAGAAGUCUCUGUGCCAAUGGACUAUAAUCAUUCAGAUAUGGUCAAGCUCCGACCGGGUGAUGAGAACGGAUAUUCCAAAAUUCGGCAAGUGAUUGAAAGGUUUGUCGAAAAAGCUCCCUCGGUAAUCCAGAUUCGGUUUGAAGAUAAUCCACGCAAUCAGAAUCACGAUACAGCUGGCUACAAGAACACAGAAUCUGCGCACGAUAUGGAAAAUCAAGGCACUCAAGGUAAGCGUUUAUCUCUCAAAAUGGUAGAUCUUCAAACCUAAUUGUCCUAGAUUGUCUCAAAUCCCUCUCUUGCAACAAUAUGAAGCGCGAUAUCACUCCUUACAACAAUACAUGCCAAUGGAUUCAAACCAACCCGAAAUAUCAAGGAUGGCGACGAAGACUCAAUGGCCUAUUGUGGAUGCGAGGAAAGCCCGGAAGUGGCAAAUCGACGGUCAUGUCGUAUAUUCAACGGAAUAACGAUCGGAAAGACCCCACCGAAAAUUCCAGCACAGCAUUCUACUUUUUCAGUGGCCAGGGAACUAGUUUUCAAAGGAGUCAAAUCGGACUUCUCCAGUCCUUACUUCAUCAGAUAGUUUCUACGGUUCCAUCACAAUUGAGGCGGGUUCAGCGGGUGUAUGAGGAGAAGAAACGCUCUGGAGAAAACUUGGAGCUUCAGUGGUCCUCAUUUGAGCUGCAAGAUCUAUUCCGGCAGAUGUUCGCCUUUCCCGAUAUCCCACCUAUUCGUCUCUAUAUUGACGCUCUCGAUGAAGCCAACGAAGAUUCUCCAAAUGAAAUCUUGUUUUUCUUCCAGAGCAUCUUGGAAAAUCCUGCCACUCGGCUCAGUAUCUGCUUUACGUGUCGUCACUUCCCCAACCUCGGAGUCCACGACCCAGGGCUAGAUAUUGACGUUGAACAAGAGAAUACUGACGACAUCAUUACUUAUAUCGAUCAUUUCCUCAAAGCUAACUCCCAGCGCGGCAGAAACAACAAUUGGAUUGUUAAUGAGAUUGCAAAGAAAUCAAACAAUAUCUUCCAAUGGGUGGUCAUGAUUACUUCGAGGGUUUCGAAACUGCAGCGGAGCGGAAGUUCCGAACAAACAAUUCUCAAUUUUCUCAAUAGCCCAAAUUUGGACCUUGGCAAGUUAUACCGCGGAACGCUUGAGAAGAUUGAACCAAGUGAUCGACCUGAGUCGUUGAAACUGUUGCAAUGGGUGUGUUUUUCUCUGAGGUCCCUUACUGUGGACGAAAUGCGCUACGCUAUGGCAAUAGGUUCCACCCGCCCCACCAUCAAGCACCACAGGUGGGAAGAUUCUCCCACUUAUAUUGAAACGAUCAAAGCUCGAAGCAGAAUACAUUAUCUUUCCGGUGGUCUUGCCGAGCUCGUGCCAUUUUGUGAGUUUGAUUCUUCGACACAGCAAAACGUCCCAGCUAUUGAGGGAGUCCGACUAAUACAUCAAUCUGUCUUGGACUUUUUACUAUCAGAAGGCUUAGAAUUCUUGUCAGGCAAAACUUUUCUUUCUGGACAAGGACACGAUUUCUUAGCUAAAAGUUGCUUAAAUUAUCUUACACGCAUGGAUGUCCUCCGGCUGUCGAUAAAACAUUCAUUUGUUUCCUUCGAAGGAUAUACCCAAAAAGGAUGUUUCCAUGAUAAGGAAUUGGUUCACAAAAACUCUGAUCCGGCAAAGAAUCUUUACAUUUGUCCAGACUGCACAGAUUUGGAACCAACGAUUUCACGGAGAUCAAACUUACUGCAAGAAUUUCCUUUGCUGGGAUACGCUGUUGAUGGCUUGUUGCGUCACGCCAUGUUAUCGAGCCGGAAUUUGAUCAAACUUAUCUUCAUAAACGUCUCCAAAGUCCUUUGGAUAUCUGGGAAUACAUCAAUCUGCUGAGGUCAACGUUGGAUUCUUCAAACUUUGAUCUCAGUCAAACCCUUUUCCACGUGGCAGCCAAUAUGUAUGGAGUUUCCCCUUUAAUUUUCUUUUCAACCCCUGUAUUUAUGGUAGUCUUUGGAUGGAGAGUUCCACCUAUAAUCAUUGUUACCGACCCCUGAAACGGUAUGAAUAUGUAUGCUAAUAUCUUUCAGUGGUUGGUCGGAAGCGUUUGCUAGAAAUUUCAACCACUCAACGCCGCUUGAUUACUUGAAACAAUGGAAUACCGAGAAUAUGUAUGGGCAGACUCCAAUCUGGAUCGCGGCUGCCAAAGGGCAUGUUAAUGUUUUGAAAACCAUUCCACUACAAGCUCGGAGCAUUUGUCUUAACCAGACUGACAAGAAAGGAAUCAGUGUUCUGAUUUCGGCGCUUCGUGGUCGACACGAUGACGUGAUCGCGUUUCUCCUCGAUAGCGAUACUAUUGAUAUAAAUCAGCGAUAUUUCAACGGAAAAACACCCCUCCUCGACUGCGCAGAAAGGGAAUAUGCGGAAGGGUUGGAAAGAAUUCUAAGUCAUCCACAUCUGGAUAUCAACCUCCAGGACCCCAACGGCAAAACUCCUCUUAUGAUCUGCGCAGAAAAGGGAUAUCAAACAGGGCUCCAAAAAAUUUUAUGUCAUGAAAAUUUGAACAUCAAUUUCCAAGAUUAUGAGGGAAAGACUGCACUCCAUAUAGCUGUCCACUGUCAGAACAUCGAAGUUGUGGAAGGACUAAUGGGCUGUGAGCUUAUGAUGCCCGCAGACCGUUUCAUACAAGAUCGCUCUGGUUCCACUCCACUUCAUGUUGCGGUUUGGGAUCGUAACUUUGAAAUGGUUGAGACAAUUUUGACUUAUCACACAGGGGAAUAUAAUGCAGCGAAAGUGGUUUCUCCCGGCAGUCAUGGAGGUGGGCUAGAUUAUCAAGAUAACUGUGGCAAUACCGCAAUAUUAGUCGCAAUGGACGACCCCCCGGACUAUGAUAUAGUGGAAAUUCUUGCGGAUGAUCACGGCGCAGAUUGGAGAAUUGAAAACAAGAAUGGCUAUAACGUAUACGACCUGGCGAGAGAGAAAGGGGAGCAAUAUAUCAUUAAAAUGCUGGAAGGUACUGAGACAACUACCCCUCCUGAGAUAACCCCCCCUCAUGAUGGAUACACACAUACUUUCGGUAUGGAAGGGUUAGAACUCGAUCCAACUGAAGCAAUGCCGCGGGAUUUUAUGGAUUUGGAUGGGAUUUCCGAUAUUCGUGGCAGGAAAAGACAGUUUGAUGAUUUACUUAGUAUGCCUGAAGCACAUGGACAUAGGAACAAGAGUUUGAGAAGAUUCUAG